AUGGAGGUCCAACCAGUUUUAAGCUUUUCUGAUAAGGACAAAGUUGGAACCUUGCAGCCACAUGAUGAUGCCCCAAUAGUUACUCUCAGGAUAGGAGGGUAUGACAUGAAAAGGAUGCUGGUAGAUCAGGGUAGUGGUGCAGAGAUCAUGUACCCUAACCUAUUUAAGAGGCUGAAGCUGAGGCCGGAGAACCUAACCUGCUAUGACUCUCCCCUGAUAGGGUUUAAUGGGAAGAUUGUAUUUCCGAAGGGCCAAGUUAGACUGCCUGUUCAAGCAGGGUUAAAUGUCAUGGAAGUGAACUUCAUCAUGGUAAAUGCCUACUCGCCCUAUACUGCCAUUGUGACAAGACAAUGGCUUCACGCCAUGGGGGCCGUGUCUUCCACUCUGCACUUGAAGGUAAAGUAUUCGUCAAGGGAUCAAGUCGAGGAAUUAGUUGGGAGCUAA